AGAGAGGAAAGAGAGAGAGAGAGAGAGAGAGAGAUGAUCUGAGCCUCAGUAGCUUCAUGUAUGAUUUUCAAACAUUGAUCAUGAAUAUAUCGAGGAGAUCCGACUGAUUCUGUCGCUCGGGUGUGUGAAGAGGUCAAAGCGAAACCUUUUUUUCCCCCCCGUGACGCAGGGAUUUCUUGCUCUAUUUAUCAGCCUGAUACAUUUUACAUCAUCAAUAUAGGAGACAUUUGAGAUAUUAUUAUUUAUUGUGUGUCCGAGGAGUAAGAGGCUUUUGACCAUGGGAUGUUUGGGCAACAGCAAGACAGAAGAUCAGCGCAUCGACGAGAAGGCGCAACGAGAGGCGAAUAAAAAGAUCGAGAAACAGUUACAGAAAGAGAGACAGGCGUAUAAAGCCACACACCGCCUGCUCUUAUUAGGCGCCGGGGAAUCCGGGAAGAGCACUAUAGUCAAACAGAUGCGGAUCCUGCACGUCAACGGCUUUAACGCAGAAGAAAAGCAGCAAAAAAUAUUGGAUAUCCGGAAAAAUGUUAAGGACGCCAUAGUGACGAUAAUAUCUGCUAUGAGCACCUUAACACCACCUUUGUCAAUCGCCAACCCAUCCAAUCAGCCUAGAGCAGAGUACAUCAAAAGUAUAGCUCCACUCUCAGACUUUGACUACACAGAGGAGUUUUUUGAGCAUGCAACGCAUCUGUGGGACGAUGAGGGGGUGAAGGCCUGUUUCGAGCGCUCAAACGAGUAUCAACUCAUCGACUGCGCAAAGUAGUGAGUAUCUUUUGAUAUG